AGGCUCGCAGGCGUCCACGAAGACAGAGUCCUGACGCCGAUGGCGGAAAACCUCUACCGUGACUUCUGCAGCGCCCGCAACUGGGAGGUGCUGCCGGGAGCUGGCGAGACCCUGAGCCAGUGCUGCCAGCGCGGCUUCCGCAUGGGAGUCGUCUCCAACUUCGAUAAGCGGCUGGAAAACAUCCUCUCCCAGUGCAACCUGCGGCACCACUUUGAAUUCGUCCUCACCUCCGAGGACGCGGGCUUCGCCAAGCCGGACCGGAGGAUCUUCGAGAAAGCCCUGCGCCUCGGCGGCAUCCCCCCGGGGAAGGCGGCUCACGGCGGGGGUGACUACUCCCGGGAGUACAGGGCAGCCCGAGCCGUGGGCAUGCACAGCUUUCUGCUUCGGGCUGAUGGGAAUGGCGAGGAGCCGGCGGUGCCCCCCGAGCACAUCCUGCCCACGCUCAACCACCUCCUGGCUCUUAUUGAGAAGGGGUAG